UUUAAAUAUAACAUUCAGUUCAAUCCAAUCACCAAACUUUGAACCCCAGUUUCCUUUGUAAGGUUAACAUAUCCCUCCCUAAUUCUUAAUUAACUACUAAUCAACAAUAAUCAAAUGGUUGGCUAACCCCGGCCCGCUUCGCUUCCCGAUCUCUCCUUUCUCUCUGUUUUGGAUUCUGAGCAUAAGAAGGCCUGUCCUUGAAGACUCGUUCAUCCGUUCUCAGAGCGACUCUCUGUUCCACUACUUUCUCCAUUGAUGAGCGCGCUCGGGAGAGCACGAAGCAAGGAAGAGGACUUCGAGGCUUAAAAAAGUUUUCUUCUUUUCCUUUCUUCCAGCGAGCGUCUGUUUUCUUCUUUUAUCUUAAAAAAGUGGGAAAGCGGUGAUGGCCGUGCAAGCUCAAUACCCUGCGAACGUUCUGCUUCUCAAUAGGGGCGAGACAGAGAGGAAGAGCAAGGAGAUGGAAACAAACUUCCCACCUACACUUCUCGAGCAAGCUCCUGUUUUCUUUACCCCUAGUGGAGGCAAUGUGAAUCCGAGGAAGAGGGGAAGAGAGGCGGCGAUGGCAGUUCCAUCGGCGAUGUUGUCACCGCAGACGCAGCAGCAGAUGAGUCUCUUGUCCUUGCAAGCUCAGGCGAGGGCCUUGACACCGACGAUGCUUGGUCUUCCACAGCUCCAAUCGUCAACGCCUUCCCUCGUCUCCACAGGCCUCCAACUCAGCUUUAACGAUCAUAACCAGAGUCAGAACCAGAAAGAACAACUAGUUUCCAUCCUCUCCUCCUUCUCCGAAGAUUUGGCCACAGAAAUUAACCAACAGAAGAACGAAAUCGAGCAGUUUCUCAGAACUCAGGGGGAGCAACUCCGGCGAGAAAUGGCGGCAAAACGGAAAAAUCAUUACCGUAUUCUUCUCGCAACGGUGGAGAAAUCGUUGGGGAAUAAGCUUCGGGAGAAGGAAGCCGAGGUCGCGGUCGCCGCACGCCGAGCGGCCGAGCUGCAAGAUCGACUCAACCGGCUCCGCACAGAGUCCAUGGCUUGGCAGGCCAAGGCCAUGGCGGAGCAGUCGGCGGCGGCAUCUCUACAAGCCCAGCUUCAGCAAGUGGCUUCUGCGGCCGCUAUCGCGGCCCCAGCCGGAGAAGAGUGCUACGGCGAGUCGCCAGCCGAGGACGCCGGAUCGGCGUUCGUCGACCCGGACCGGUCAAACAAAUUGAACCGACUGUGCUGGUCCUGCCACACGCGGCCGGCGUCAGUCGUUCUCCUCCCCUGUCGCCAUCUCUGCGUUUGCCCCGCAUGCGACUCCGCCGGAGCAGCCAACGAUGGCUGCCCCGCAUGCGGGUGCACACUGACUGGAAGCCUUGAAGUUUAUUUCUCCAAAAACUAAUAAUAAUAAAAAAAAAAAAAAAUUGUGGAUAAAGAAAGAUAUGAAAUUGAAGUUUUUUGCAAUUUCGGAUUUUCUAAUUUUCACGAUUGAGAAAGAGAAAAUUCGAUUUUAGAUGUAAAUAUAUAUAGUUAUAUAUAAAUUCUUUUAUAUUGGACUA